AUGACUUUUCCCAAUCUGCUCAAGGCAUACACAUCAGAUUGCGCACACCGCGCUGUCGGUGAGAUUCGGGAAGCCUACGAAUACCUCGAGCUCGUACAGCCUGCGGACUCAACGGCACCGGGAUACUUCAACUUUAUUCGGAACUAUGCAGUAUCACCUAUCAACGCGCCCAUAUUGAUGUAUGACGAAUUCAAUGGAAGGGAUCAAACGGAAUUGACACCUAGAGAAGUGGUAGAUAAGUUGAUGGAAGUUUGGAUGGAUGAAAAAGGAAUAUUCAGUCAACCGUUCAAAAAGUUUAGGAUACAAGCCCCUGUGAUUAGGAAGAAAUUGGUGGAUACGAUUGAUAAGGUCAGUGGGGUGGGUCAGAAGUUACCGCAGCACUUAUCGGUGACGCUGGUCAAUUCGGAUGAUCCGGUUGAAGGACAUGAACAGCAAGGAACAGCUCUGAAGGAUUCCAAUCGAGAUGGGACGGGUGAUAGCGGUCAGGCAGAUUUCGAAGUUCAGGAUGAAACAGAUGUGAUCCCGACGACACCAGUAUUGGACGAUUUGAAAAUGGUAGGGAUACUUUGUGAACAUUUCGAGGGAUUGGAGUCACACAUACAUCAAGAUUCGGAUCCAUACCCGAAAUAUAGUUUACAUGAUUUACUAUGUCAUGAACCUAUCGAUUGGUCGAAGAAGCAAAGUAAAUUGAAGAGAUUGCUCUUAUCUAUCGACGUCUCAGAAAAUUAUGCCCCGUUCUAUAUACCGAGGUCAACUCGUUCGCAUUCAUCAAGUUCGACAUCAUCAGACCCCUCUUCGCCUUCUCCACGCUCACAUUCUCCUCUGAAUACGACACCCCAACCAUCACUGCACUUAGACAGCCUCACAUUGCUUCUUUAUCCACCGAUACCCUCUGAGACCCCUCCGGAAUGGACUUUCACCCAAUAUCUCCCCUCGAUGUCAUUUUUUGCUCAAGCGAUACUUCACCAAUUUGGGACUCGUCCCAACUGCGAAUAUACAAUUAUAGUGAAACAGUGGGCACCUAGAAGAGACGAGCUAUUGAGUCGGUCAUUGACGGAUCUCCUCAGGAAGGAGAUAAAAGAGAUUGAACAUAGAGAGAGCGCUAGGGGGAGGAAUUAUACGGAUUGGUAG